UACUAAGAUUCAAGUCUGACAAAGCUUCAAAGCUGAUGCAGAGACUCUGGAGAAACCUACCUGCUGUCUGUUCCCUACUAAGCAGCUAAAAUGUAUUCUAAGAGAUUUUCUCCACCACCGUAUCCUGAGCUGUUAACCAUCGCGCUUUUUGGAAUGAGAGCUCAGUUUAAGAAUGCCCUUGGAAAUAUGAUCCUCAAUUGUCAAAAUGCUUUUACCACAAUAUCUCACAAGCUUGUCGUCGGAGAGACCAACUCAUUCAAGGUCUUCAAUACAUCAGAUUACUUUAAUGAAGAAAAUAUGCACCCAGACCAGGACAUUAUCGACUUCAUGGCAUGUUCUCAUCCUGGCAUCAAUCUGUUCAUACUGGCAAUAGAUACAGAAAACGCCCAAGAGGAAAAAGUCGUUGCUCAAAUCAGUAAACUUCAAGAAGCCUUGGGAGAAGAAGUCACAGAACACUUGGUCGUCAUUUUACCAGACAUUGAAAGCUUCCAUUCACUCGCUCAUCUGAAGGAACUCUUCAACAUUCGGUUGGCAAUUGCCAAUGAAAAUCUGGCCAAGGAAUGCAGGGCGUGGUGUGCGAACCAUCAGUCAUUCUUGUAUGACUACAAAAACUACAGUCAAGAUGUUGUGAUACGAAGAAAGGCAGCCUUAGAGAAGAGAAGAUGCAACCCUCCAUCUGACCAUGGGAGAGCAGGUGCUGCCCCAAAUGGUCCAUCCACCUCACAACAUGCCUAUACCGCAGGUGGAUUCUUUGCUCAUCACAAUGGUAACGGUAACUAUGGAGCGCUGAACGACAUAUUCAACAUUGUUCUACUAGGACUAACUGGAACCGGAAAGAGUGCAUCUGCAAACACCAUCCUGGCUGCUGGAAACUCCCAGCUUGAUCCAAGCCAACUUUUUAAAUCUGAGCCAAGCUCAAUGCCAGUCACCACCCAGUGUGAGAUCAGAAUCAUGGAGAGGCUAUAUGGGAUGAGCGUGAGAGUGGUUGAUACUCCAGACUUUUUAAAUGACCAACUCGAAAACACUCCGGCACAGAUAGAGGAGUGUAAGAAGUACUGUCAGCCAGGGAAAUGCGUGGUGUUACUUGUGUUACAGCUGGGCCGGUUCACAGAUGUUGAGAGAGGAAUAUUAGAAAACCUAGAGGUCAAGUUAGGCUGGAGGAUCAGGGAGAGCACAAUCGUGGUGCUGACCCAUGGAGAGGACCUGAGAGGAAGUCUGGAUCAGUUUCUUAAGGGACACACUCCCCUCAAGAACAUUGUUGAUAUGUGCGGUUCUCGAUGCCAUCUACUUAACAACCACUCCAGAGACACUAAGCAAGUCAUAGAGCUCAUCAAGAAAAUUCCAAACUAUAAAAUUAUUUUCCCAAAGUUCUCAAAAAAAACAUUAUCUCCUGAUUGUUUGAUAUGUUAGAUUUGCUUAAUGUGCUCAGCAGUGCAGAAAUGUGCAAAUGACAAAGUGAUCUGACAGGGCCCUACCACUCCAGAGAAGGGACCCUAAAUUCUGGAGCAGUGGGAAUGGGGAGAUAUCUCCUGUUUGAAAAUACACAAAAUUGGUUUUACAAAAAGUGUUUAAUGUGUGUGCUUUUUUAGUAUGGUAGAAGAGUCAUUGAUUCUUUUCUCUGAGCAAAUACAGAUGUAUUUUAUGAAUAUAUCAACCCUGUUAGUGCCUUACUCACCUACAGUAUGAUGUCAAUUUGUUAGCAUGACUUUUGAUUAUCGGAGUUUGUGUGAAUAGUUUAUGUGAGCCAACGUCAGUCAUUAUUCAUUAUUAUUAUAAAUAUUCCACAAGUGUUUUCUGCAUGUUUUCUUAAGUAAAUACAAAAGAGAGGUCAACAAUAAAAAUAUGAUAUUUUGUUAAAAUGGCUAAUAAAUUAUUUGUUUUUCAAUCACAUGUUUAUUGGUGUACAUUAAAGUUUGGUCUCCUCGUA